CGCCACCUAUCCCUUAUGGACUCCGCCCAACCGACGUGUCCUGUUACACGGUGGUACCCGCUCCCUUCUCCGACCGCCAGCCUGUCCCUCAUCGCGCCAUGUGUCCUUACUUUUUCUCCUUGGUGUAACGGACCUGCGCCUUUAAAUCUGGUCGAGCUUCUCCCCAUCGGACAGCAAUCACGCACUGUCCAAGGCUUCCAACUCUCUUCUUCGAGUUCUUUCUCUGCCGCCGCCAUGGAUUCCGGCCAUUCGCCGCUCCUCCUCGCCGUACUCCUGACGAUCCUCGCCGGAAUAUCGUCGGCAUUGACGGAAAAUGCCGACGUCCGUCCCACAUUGGCGCCGCAGAUCAACUCCAACUCGGUCCUGGUCGCGCUGCUCGACUCCCGCUACACGGAGCUGGCGGAGCUCGUGGAGAAGGCCCUCCUCCUCCGCGCCCUGGAGGACGCCGUCGGCCGCCACAACCUCACCAUCUUCGCCCCCCGCAACGAGGCCCUCGACCCCGAGUUCAAGCGCUUCCUCCUGGAGCCUCGCAACCUCAACUCCCUCCAAACCCUCAUCCUCUACCACGUGAUCCCCUCCCGCGUCGUCGCCUCCGAGUCCUGGGCGGCCGUGCCCGUCGACCAGCGGACCCUCUCCGGGGACCGCCUCCGCCUCUCCGGCGACGGCACGGCCGAGAAGAGGGUCGACACCACCGUCGUGAUCCACCCGGACGCUGUGGUCCGCCCGGACGGCGUGAUCCACGGCAUCGAGCAGAUGCUGGUCCCCAGAUCCGUCCAGGAGGCGUACUUCAACCGCCGGCGGAGGCUGUCCUCCGUCGCCGCCGUGCUGCCCACCGGCGCGCCCAAGGUGGACCCCCGGAGAACCGGUAACCGCCUCCUCCCCUCGAAACCGGUCUCCCCGGCCGGCGGGCCGACGACGUCCCCGGACCCCGCCGUGGCGUCUCCGGCGUCGGAUCCGGCGCCGGCGCCGGGGUCCGCUGUCCAGGUGUUCGACGGGGAGAGCGAGGUGAGGGACUUCAUCCACAGCCUGAUCCAGUACGGCGGGUACGGCGAACUGGCGGACGUGCUGGUGAAUCUGACGUCGCUGGCGACGGAGAUGGGGCGGCUGGUCUCGGAGGGGUACGUGCUGACGGUGCUGGCGCCCAACGACGAGGCGAUGGGGAAGCUGACGAUGGAGCAGCUGAGCGAGCCGGGAGCGCCGGAGCGGAUGGUGUACUACCACCUGAUUCCCGAGUACCAGACGGAGGAGAGCAUGUACAACGCGGUGCGGCGUUUCGGGAAGGUCCGGUACGAUACGCUACGGGUGCCGCACAAGGUGGUCGCCAGGGAGGCCGACGGCUCGGUCAAGUUCGGCCAUGGGGAGGCCUCCGCCUACCUCUUCGACCCGGACAUCUACACCGACGGCAGGAUCUCCGUGCAGGGCAUCGACUCCGUGCUCUUCCCGCCGGAGGAGGACUCCGUGGCCCCGGCGCCCGCGCCCGCCGCCACAGUUGCCGCUGCCAAGCCAAGGCGAGGAAAGUUGCUUGAAGUGGGGUGCCAGAUGCUGGGUGCCUUGGGACAGCGGGCUCGUUUCAUCACCUGCCAGUAGUCGACACGGCCAACUAGGAAAACAGCAUAGACAGAAGAAUAAAAGGUGCAGCCUGAGGUAGUCGAGCAGGGUCAUGUAUAAAAUUUAUCAGACAGCUUAUCGCAUUGGAGGAUAUAUAGUUGGGUUUCUCAUAUAACAUAUAUUUUUUUAUUGAUUUCCUUUUUGUUGUUCUUGUUCUAUGGUGCAGCUUGCUGCUGGUGUUUCCAUAUGUUCAAUUUUCCUCACUUGUUACCGGUGAUUGGUUAUAUCGUACCACUCGCAUGUGAAUAUCAAUAAAGAGGAAAUAGGAUGAGCAGCAUAUCUUUGGUUCACUUUUGUCUACAGAAUAAAUAAAUCAACAUGAGAUGUCUUUUAUUUUA